AUGAGCGUACAUCGACAGGGAACGUCUGCUUCGUCGACAAGCGUCCCCCGACGGUCAACAUCAGGUCGAUCAAUAGCCACCAACAGUCCCACUUCCUAUGUCGCCUUAAUGCGACGGCAGAAAGCAACUGUCUGGUGCGACCGAUCUCAAAACAUCGAUCCUCGAUUAGCGGCUGCCCAGAAAGCCGCCAGACAUCGGGCCGCUCUCGAAGUUGCAGGUGUGGCCUCCGCUGGACGGACAAACACAAUUAACUCUGGUGGGGUCGUGGGGAAAAUCAGACACGGCGGCGUACCCAAAGCUCCAUAUGUACCGGCCAACCUGAAUGGUGCUACCGUUCCUCUGCGUUUGAGUGCGAACGAGAUGAUUGGGGACGAAGACGGAGGCUUAAGUCUAGGCGAGAACAGUAUGGUACAUGGUCGCAGUGGAAGUGGCCGAAGCAGCACAAAUAGCGCAAAAUAUCGCAGUGGAUAUCCCAGGCCGGAAGGUGGACGAUUUAGCACGACAAGCACACCUCCAAGUGGAGAAGGCUCACCCAGUCAGAGCAUCCCCGAGCAGCCCGAAACGAGAAACGCUACAGCCAGUGGGAAGAAAGAGUACUUUAUUAAUAACGAGGACGGAGAUGCCACGCCGGCAGAGAGUGAGGACUCUUUCGGGGAGUUGAAAGACAUGACCGGCCCAAGUGCUGUACAACAAGCGCUGGCCCAAGCCAAGAAAAACGACGAUUUACGACGAAGGGGAAGCGUGGAUGAACGAGCGAUGAGUAUGGGCUCUGGGGUACGAUUGUUUGUGGCCAACCCGGAUUUGGACAAUGAUUGA